CAGUCUGUGGCUACCACGGCGUCAAGCGCAAGUGCACGCUGCUCAGUCUGUAUCGUAAUAUUUUGCCAACAGUUGUCUGCAUGCAUUGCCAGCUUCUGUCACCAAAACGAGUGUACAGAGACACGUCUGUCUUUUACACGGUCUGUUCCCGUCAGUAAUUGAGGGUGAGGUCCCGAUUUUUGAUCUUUGAUUACUGGACAUUUGGGAGAGCUAUCAAAGGCAGACCAGAUUCAACAAUGGCGACAGCUGCGGUAUCUGGCCCUGCAGGCGGCGGCCCCAACCCUGGCGAGGCCGAGCUUGUCCGUGGGCAGGCCUUCGAUGUCGGUCCCCGCUACAGCAACCUGGCUUACAUCGGAGAGGGAGCCUACGGAAUGGUGUGCUCUGCGUACGACCGGGACAACAAGGUACGCGUGGCGAUAAAGAAGAUCAGUCCAUUCGAGCACCAGACGUACUGCCAGCGCACGCUUCGGGAGAUCAAGAUCCUGCUGCGCUUCAGACAUGAGAACAUCAUCGGCAUCAACGACAUCAUCCGUGCGCCCACCAUCGACAACAUGAAGGAUGUCUACAUCGUGCAGGACCUGAUGGAGACGGACCUGUACAAGCUGCUGAAGACGCAGCACCUGAGCAACGACCACAUCUGCUACUUCCUCUACCAGAUCCUCCGAGGCCUCAAGUACAUCCACUCGGCCAACGUGCUGCACAGGGACCUCAAGCCAUCCAACCUGCUACUCAACACUACCUGCGAUCUUAAGAUCUGUGACUUUGGAUUGGCUCGUGUGGCGGACCCAGACCACGACCACACCGGCUUCCUGACGGAGUAUGUGGCCACACGCUGGUACCGAGCACCUGAGAUCAUGCUCAACUCAAAGGGCUACACUAAAUCCAUUGACAUCUGGUCCGUGGGCUGCAUCCUGGCAGAGAUGCUCUCCAACAGACCCAUCUUCCCCGGGAAGCACUACCUGGACCAGCUCAACCACAUCCUAGGCAUCUUGGGCUCCCCUUCCCAGGAGGACCUUAACUGCAUCAUCAACAUCAAGGCCAGGAACUACCUGCUGUCUCUUCCGCUGCGCUGCAAGGUGCCCUGGAACCGCCUCUUCCCCAACGCAGACCCCAAAGCCCUGGACCUGCUGGACAAGAUGCUGACGUUCAACCCCCACAAGCGGAUCGAGGUGGAGGAGGCUCUUGCCCACCCUUACCUGGAGCAGUAUUACGACCCCACAGAUGAGCCUGUUGCCGAGGCUCCCUUCAAGUUUGAGAUGGAGCUGGAUGAUCUGCCCAAAGAGACGCUGAAGGAUCUCAUCUUCAAGGAGACCGCCCGGUUCCAGCCCUAAACUCAUAGAUGUGGGUGUGGGGAGCCUGUCGUCAGCUGGGGCUGCUUUCCUCCAGCAUCUCCUCCACUGUGUGCCGUUUAUUUCUCUCUCUUUUUUGGAUCUGUUACCUUUUUUGUCUUUUAUUUUUUACUCCUUUAUUUUGUUUGUUUGUUUUGUUUUAAAUGUCUAUGGCAAAGCCUGUCCUCAAAGCUCCUGUCUGUCCAUGUCUCAGGAACAGCGUCCGAAAUAUCAACCCUCCCCCAAAACACACCUCCCUCCCUCCUUCCCUCCCUCCCCGCUCUCACCUCCUCAAACACCCCUCUCCAUUCCUCUCUCCCUUUUUUCCCUCCUUCCUAUUCGAAGCACUCUGCUUUCUUUUCUUUCUAGGCUAUUUAGUAUUUCCCCUUUUUUCCUCUCUUCCUAAGACUCUUUAAGUCUGUGCAUGCUUUCCAUUCUGGUAUUGAGAGAUGAGGGGCGUGGUGGGUUGGCGGGCGGGCGGGCGGACAGGAAACUGUGUUUAGGGGUGGCGGUGGGGACACCGCGAUGGCAUUGAGACCUGGAAUGGAGCUUGUUUUGUGCAGAUCGGCCGAUCGGACGCAAAUUUGAAUAGUCAUUAUUAUUAUUAUUAUUAUCAUUAUUGUACAAAUCCUGUAGAGUAGAGCUCCUUGGUUCCUGCAUUUCAGUUUAGGACAAAAAGGUACUGUAUCGUGAUUGGGCAAAAGUUUGCUCUCAUUAUUACUAUUAUUAUUAUUGUGAUUUAUUAUUGCUACUUUUUUUGAUCGAGCUUCUGUUCAGAUAAUGUCAUUUUACAGAAAGUCUCCUAAAAGCCGUUUAUUUUCUCCUCUCUCUCUCUCUUUAUUUCUCUCUCUCUCACUCUAGCUAUCUCUCUAUCUAUCUACUGAGGCCAAACUUCUGAUCAGGGAGGGGCUGGAGCUCAGUGAUUUGAUCACGUGUGAUGCAUGCAGUGGGCUGAUGCUCCUACAGGGUGCGUGCAACAUGCCCUCUAUGCACUUUUUCUGAGUACAAAAAAAUAUAUAUGAAAAAAUGUUUAAAUAUAUAUAUCUACAGUUUCUGUCAAGGCUCCAUUCCUGGGCUGGUACCACAGCCCAACACCCCCCUGACACACAGACACACACACACACACACACACACACACACACACACACACACACACACACACACACACACACACACACACACACAGACACACACACACACACCUGCUUUCCACUGCAUAUAAUACCUAUGGAAGUGUUCUUUGGUACAGACCAGCAAAGCCAGUCAUGUUAUAUGCCAUAAGAAUGCUGGGACUGUACUAACGUUAGAUGGAGAUACAUGGGGCUCGUGAUGCAUCAUGUUUUUUCUGCACACCUUUUACGGCGCCUUCUCUGGGUGGGAGGCCGUCCGAAGAGGAGAAAGGGCCACAGUUCACCCCCGGCGGAGUGGACCUAUCCUGGGCUCACACCCGGCACCGGUUCCCAUCCUCUCAACACAGGGACUGGUCCCCAACCAGCAGGGGGUCUACAUCACCAAAAGGGGGGGGGAGGAAUGAAAAAACAUUAUAGGGCUACAGCCAACCAACAGCUCACAGCACUGAUGCAUUGGGUUUGCAUUACCUGUUACAAGUCCUCUGUCAGCAUGGCGUAGUGGGAACGGCUGCCGUUGUGCUAAAGUCGUAACGAGGAAACACUUUUGUUACUUUCGGAAAGUAUGAUGACUCCUCUUCCACCUGGCCUGGCAUCUCGGUCUCUCUUUCUCUUUCUCUCUCUCUCUCUCUCCCUCUUCACUCUCUCCUUUCUCUCUCUCAUUCCCUUUGCCUUGUAACAAAAUGAGACUGUGCCCUUGCAUGACUGUUAAAAAGCUUUCUAUACAAAGAAUAUGUAAGUGCCACAUUGACUUGGGAGUUCCUGCUGGGAUCACCCAGGCUUUUGUUACUCUAUCAUUUGUGGUCGCACAGGUCCCAUGUAGAAAAAGGUAGAAACGUUUUCUCUCUUCUUUUUUUUUUCUUCCCCUUUAUUUCUCAAAAUUUUUUCACUUUUCAUGAAAUUUGCAAAACUUAAAAACAUUUAAAAGAUGAGCCUGUUAACAGUUUGGUGUAGAUCAUAUUUGAGGCGUUAAAAUGAACAAAUGACGGUUUGCUGAAAGAUAAAAACAUCCCCUGUGUAAUAUCACCCAAAACGGAUAAAAGUAUGUUUAUUCUUCAGAAGAAGGAGAAAUCGGUCAGUGUCAAUCUCUGACUGAGCACGAGCGUGUGGUGAAGUAACAGGUGGAUUUAUGUAAAUAGCUAUAUCGUGGUAUACACAAGGAGCUGAGGUAGGGGGACAAGAAACAAAACCAAAACAAAAACAAACAAACGGGGGAAAAAAAGAACAAAAAUUGUGAACACAAAAACUACUUGUCCCAAAGCCGAUGCACGUAGUUGUCGGAACAGUGUUUCAUCCCUUCAGCCCAGUGUGUGAUCCUACAGGAUGUUUCCCUCUGGGGUCGAGAUCGACUGCUCUUGUCACCUCACAGCACGUGUUUGCGUGUGUAUGUGUGCGGCUUUGCGCUCCAUGUAACACCGGCGUGAGGCCCUAGCCGGCCAGUAAUCAGGUGUUCAGUAAAAAUAGCAGGGUGUCCUCACCUGCGUUGUUAACAUCAAGUCUCAUGUUUCUCAGUUUCUUGGUGGCCCGUUGGUGGUGGUGGUGGUGGACCACACUGUCCUCGCCUUGGGCCUCUCUUUAUUUCUGAAACACUGCAAAACCCUGUAAGAUAGCUUCUGCUGACAUCUGUGUGCAACCUGUCUCUUUUUUGUGCCUUUUAUUCGUCAUGAAUAACAAAAAUUAUUGUGCAGCUUUUUUUUGUUUAUGGUAUAUAUGGUUUUCUUUGUUUUUUUGUUUUUUUAGGAUUGUGAUUUUUUUGAGUAUAUUCUUAGGUAUAUAUUUAAAGUAAAAGAAAAACAACAAAACAAAAACUAAUGACUCUUAAUCCUUAUUAAUAUUUUCGUUCAAAAUCCUAUUGCCAGCGAAUUGUGGUAGUGAUACUGUUUCAAAAAAGUGAAGAUUUUUAACUUCUGUUCCCUUCCCCUCCCCCCCUCUAGACCUGCUUUCUUGGUUUGGAUGUUUUGUGCACACUUUUAUUUUUUACUGUAAAAUGAAUGUCAUUUCUAUUGAAUAUUCUCUUUAAAUGAAUCUUGUUCAACAAGUUGUUUCCGUAUAUUAAAUUGCUUCUGUCAUGUUUGGAUCAGUAGAUCUGUUAUUGUAAGUUUUUAACUUGCAGGCGGAGACCCUUUUGAAUUUGUGUCUUUGGAUGUGCAUUGGGGAUUUUUUGUGAAAGCACUGGGGUCAGGGAUUAUUUUCAAAGUGAUUAAAAGAUUAAAAAAACAUAAUAGAUAAAUUAAAGUGCUAUAUAACGUGAAGGAAUCCUUACAGAAGAUGCCUCUUUGCUUCUGAUGAAGACUUGCCAUAUUGAAUUACAGAUAUUUGAUUUAUUUUGCAACUCUGUCAAAGUCAUGUAACCUAGUAACGACAGAAUAAAAAAAACACUAUCCUGUA